GUAUGGUAGGGGUUAGAAGGGGAUUUGGUGAAGGUGAUUUGGCUAUCAACCUUUUGACGUGAAGAGCAAGUUGAAGAUGAGGAAGAAGAAGAUUCUGAUACGGUGACUAUAUGAUCGAUCAUGUUCUGUGAUGGAAUAGUGUCAAAAAAUGCCUAAGUAGAAACUGAACGUCACCGUUGCAUGCUUAAAAAAAAAGCAGUCGUCCUCUUUCAAUUAAAACCAAACCGGAAAAGUCCGCGAGAGAGGGACUUGUGAGUUUCCCUAUAUAAAGCUUCCUUUUGACCGAAGAAUCAACGUAUUGAAGAAAGCCAAGGCUAGGGCCCAAUAGUAGAUUCAGAUAAAAGAGACCCCACGCGGAUUGACGUGGGAGACGCGAUAAUAUUAUUACCCAAGACGGUGUGAGAAGCCGAACCCUAAAUUUCCACGAACAUGUCGCCGAAAAUGGGAUCGAUCUUUGCUCAGGUGUAUAAAAAAUCUGUAUCGAUGGGGCGUAGCCGCAAUUUCUCUUCAUCCCCAACUAACAGCAGCAAAGAGUCGAAGAACAUAGCUUUAGCGAAUUUUUUUGUAACUCGAGCCCUAGGUGUUGCCAUUGGAUAUCUCAGUGGCCAUUAUCUAAUUGGUGAUCUGGAUAAGAUAUGUGAGGAGCGGAUGCAGGAGGAUCUGAGGAAGGCAAGGAGCACGACGGAGUUGUUGACCAAUGUUUCUAAACUCUCCAACAAGUCAGCCAAUUAAUUGGCUUUUGCUGUGUAUAAUGUGUGUGUGUGGUUUUGUCAAAACUUAAACUCUUUUGUCUCUGAGAUUGCUUUAUUUUUUUUCGAUCUAUCAAAAUAUUUAAUUUCUUGUGUGUUUUUGUGGGACCAAAGAGUAUGUAAUUGGGAAUGCUUUUAAGGUGGAGAACGUUUGAAAAUCAAAUCAUGGA